GGCGGGAGGCAGGGCCAGCCCGCCCUCGCCCUUUUAGACUUCUACCGGAGCACACCCAUCAGUAGAGCCGCUCCGGGGUGCGGAGCGAUGAGGUCGUCGCUUUCGCUGGGGUGGCUUCUGUGCUUUGGGGCCUUUCUGGCACACAUCUACUGUGAGGACGUGUUUGGCAUCGUGGGAGAAAAUUUUACUUUUCCAGUAAAAAUAGACCAAAAAAUAAUGGAAAUUAUUUGGACGAAAAACAAGGAUAAAGUGGCUGAAUGGGAAGGGCAAAACAAACCAACAUAUUUUAAUUCUCUCUGUAACAGAGGUUUGCUUAAUGAGGAGAAUGGGUGCUUGACUAUAUUUAACUUGGAGAACAAUGACACUGGCACAUACAUGUUAGACUACGUGGAUUCCAUGAAGAAAAGUUAUGUUUUAACCUUCAUACUUGCUGUAUUAGCUCCACCUUCAGAACCUGAAAUAAGGUGCAAUAUCAGCGGUGAUAACCUUGUGUUAGUAUGUAUAUCAGAUUUCCAGAAGACUCUGCAUUACACUUGGAAUUUCAGUCGCUUGCCAGCCACUCAUCACACCCAGGAAGUUGUGAUAUCUAAGAAGGACGUUGAUGCCUCCGAGAGAGCUGCAUGUUUCAUUAGAUUCUCUCAAACGGAAAAGAGCUCUGAAAUCUCUUUGACUCAAUGCUUUUCAGGUAGAGAAGGAAUCGGCUAUCACAACAGAAGCAGAUAUACUCUUAUACCAGCUUUUGUUGUCUUCAUGCUAUCUGUAGUAAUAGUAGGGUUCCUAUACAGCAGAGGUAGACGUAAAUGUCUGACAGGAAGAGUUGCUUGGAAUAGUCCAGUCCAUGGCUCAGACAUUUCUGGGAAGGAGAACAGCAGCUUGCUGGCCAAGCAUGCAGAUGACAAUGGUAUAAAUGAAGGAGAAGUGACCCAGGAUGCAGAAGGUGGAAAUGGGGAGCAGCUGAGCAACCCUCCCUGCUGCAGUACAGAAGGUUGGAAUGAUGCUUGAGCUGGACACUAGUGGAAGGGAGAGGUAGUGCUGUCAAAAUAAGAGCAAAGACUGAAUGACACAGUGCCUUGGCACAUCCAGUUGCUUCCCCUUACGCUGUUGCUUUGCGCACCAAGAUGGAAACACUGAUCAAUGGAAGAGAAGCGGUAGGAUUCAGCGGAGAAGGAGCUGCUGUCUUUUCUCUUGGAGAAUUUCCACGAGCACUGAAGUCCACCCAUAAAGUACAUCCAUAAAGAAGGGCUUUGAAGACUAGCUGAGCUGUUUCCAAUGCCUGUUUUUCUGAGAGGGGACAGCCUCCAUUUCUACUGUCACUGCAUGAAUAUAAAUAGGCCAAAUCAUGGACAAAAUCUUUUGUGUUAUUUUGUAUCUGGUUUUAACAGUGUUCUACUAACAUGAAAUGUAAGAACUAAGGUGUUUUUUAUAACUGGUUUUUAGAGAUUAACAAAGUCAUAUCCAUUUGCAUGAAUGUGGAUAAAUAGAAAACUAAUCAGCUUUUUAUGCAAUUUUGGAUCAGUAGUGUAGUCAGAAGACUGUUCAUCCUGCAGCAGUUUUGAAGUUUCCAUUUGCUAGUCUCAGUUCUCCAGUAGGAACUCAGUGCUCCAGACAAAUAUUCUCCAAGAUAACUAAUCUCCUGGAGAUGGCAGAAGAGUGGCACACUGAUCGUCUGAUGGUGGUUGACUUUGUGGUAGAGCUACAAUUCAGUUUGUUGUUGCAUUGGAACAGAGCUGCUUCUAUUAGCAGUGGUUUGGGGGGUUUCCUGAAAUUUCUAAUAUUUUUUGCACUUUUAGGGUGUGGGGGGGUUUAUGCCUUAUCUUUUGCUUCACAUUGUGCUAAAAGAAUGUCAAUCUACCCAUUUCUAAAGAAUAAUGAUAUAUUUUUAGGUUGCUUGUGACUGGAAGACAAACUUGAAAACUGAGGUCAUAUAUACACUGAACUUCAAAAAGAAUCAAGAAUGCCAUGUAUUAAUGUUUUCAGAACAUCAGGCUAUAAAGUCUGUUUUGUGACUCCUGCAUGCUGAUUGCUUAUGAAAGCUGAGAGCCAUUUCAGUUGAUUUUGAACUUGGUAUGUGUAAAGAAUCAUGAAGGUUUGACAAUGAUAACCAGAGAUCAGAAACUCCCCCUUCACUCUUGUUUCAACUUAUGCCUCUCUUGUUCACCCACCAGCCACUACUAUGAAGAACAUGUUUCCAUCUUCUUGAUGAUCAGCUUUUGUAGGUACAGGAAUGCUGUAGGUACCCUCUCAAAGCCUACUUUUCUCCAGGCUUGAACAAAUACAGUGCCUUCAACUUCCCCUCACAGUACAAUGCUCUGACCAUCUUGGUAGCCCUUCACAGAACCUGCUCCAAUUUUAUUGAUAUGUGUCUUCCUGAAGGGGUCCAAAAGUAGAUGCAAUAUUCUAAAUGCAGUCUGGUGUGUGCUGAGUAGAGUGGUAUAAUCACUACCCACAAUCUGCUGGCUACGUUCCUGGUAAUACAGCCCAGGAUGCUGUUGACUGCCUUUGCUGCCAGGAAACACUGCUGGCUCAUGUUUGGCUUGCUGCUUACUGAGAUCCUCCUGCUUCUUUUUAGCAGAACUGCUGCCCUGCCAGCCAGACCCUAGCUUGUAUCAUUGCAAGUGGUUCCUCUUCCCAGAGCUUUACAUUUGUCCUUAUUUAAUUUACCUGUCUAGGUCUCUCUGACAGCCUGGCCCUUUAGCAUGUUGACUGAUUUUCCCGUCUGGUGUCACCUGCAAACUCAACAAGACUGCACUUUAUCUCCUCCUCCGGACCACUGGUGGAGAUAUUAGACCAGCUCCUGCAUAGACCCUUGUAGUACUCUGCUUGCCUCAGCCAUCCAGGUAGAAUACAACCUGUUAGCCGCCAUCGUCUCAGCCCAAUCAUCCACCCAGUUCUUUACUUGUAGGGGAGUGAAGACAGUGGGUUGACUGACAUUGAUAUUAUGCAGCUGUGGCUUUGCUUUGACGAUGUGCAGCUGUGAUCCUACAGCAAAGUGGUUAAAUAGCUCUGAGGAGUGUGAGAAAAAAUACCUAGAUGAAGCAGAGACAAGGAGGAGUGUGGUCUGGCCUCUGGAGGAUGGAGAAACAGCAUGGACAGUAAAGUUCAACCAAUGGUAAAGCUUUUUGCUGCUUACUAUAUUAUUUGUGUUGCAUUAUUUCCUGACCGCUGUAACUCAGUUGCAACAUUUACCUAUCUAUAGAAUCAUAGAAUGGUUUGGGUUGGAAGGGAUCUUUGAAGAUUGUCUAGUCCAACCCCCCUGCCAUGGACAAGAACAUCUUUUGCUAGGUCAGGUUGUUCAAAGCCCUGUCCAUCCUGACCUUGAACACUCCCAAUGAUGGGGCAUCCACAGCUUUUCUGGGCACCCUGUUCCAGUGUCUCACCACCCUUGCAUCCUUAUGUCAUCCUUAUGUCCAACCUAAAUCUAUCCUAUUUCAGUUUAGGACCGUUGCCCCUUGUCCUGUCACUACUGGUCUUGGUAGUUGACUUUCUCUGUCUUAUAAGCCUCCUUUAUGUAUUGGAAGGCUAUAAUAAGGUCUCCCCGAAGCCUUCUUUUCUCCAGGCUGAACAACUCUCUCAGCUUGUCUUCAUAGGAGAAGUGUUCCAUCCCAAUGAUCAUCUUCAUGGCCUCCUCUGGACCCCUCUAACAGGUCCGUGUAUUACUUGUGUUGUGAUGAUACUCCAGGUAGUCUCACAAGAGCAGAGUUGAGUGAAAUAGUCACCUCCCUGCUGGCCACGUUUCUUUUGAUGCACCCCAGGAUAAAAUUUGUCUGCAAGUGCACAUCACCAGCUCAUAUCUAAUUUUUUUUGUCCAUCAGUAUAUAUCAAAGUCCUCUUACACAAGGCUGCUUUCAAUCCAUUCAUCCCCCACCCCGUACUGAUACUGGGGAUUGCCCUGACCCAUGUGCAAGAGUUUGCACUUAGCCUUGUUGAACUUCAUAAGGUGCACAUGGGUUCACUUUUCAGGCCUGUCGAGGUCCCUCUGGAUGGCAUCCCUUCCCUCGAGUGUAUCAACAGCACCGCUCAGCUUGGUGCCAUCUGUGAACUUGCUAAGAGUGCAUUUGAUCCCAUUAUCUAUGUCAUUGCUGAAGAUACUAGAUCGUAUUGGUCCCAGUGCAGACCCUUAAGGGACCUCACUUACUACUAGUUUCUACUUGGACAUUGAGCCGUUGACUGCAAUUGGACGUGGCCAUCCAGCCAAUUCCUUGUCCACCCAACAGUUCAUCUAGUUCACCCAUUCAAGCCAUAAUGUUUUAACUUGAAUACAGAAACACUGUGGGAGACUGUGUCAAAGUUUUUCUAAAGACAAGGUGUAAAAAUACUGCUUUCCCCUCAUCCAUAAAUCUACUAGAAGAUUAUCAUCAUUGUAGAAGACAGUUGGGUUAGUUAGGAAUGUUUUACCCUUACUUAAACGUAUGUUGACUGUUCCCAACCGCUUUCUCCUUCAUGAGCCCAGAAAUGUGUCCCAAGAGGACCAGCUCCAAGAUUCUUCCAGGGAUGAAAGUGACACUGACCAGCCUGUAGGUCCCCAGGUUGACCUUUUGGUGCUUUUUAAAAAUAGAUAGACUAGAAAAGCUACAAAGCUAGUCGGGGACUUCCUCAAUCUUCAUGACCUUUUAAAGGUGAUAGCACUCAGUGACAUCAGCCAGCUCCUCUGGCACCCUUGAACAUGUCUGUUCAAGUUCCAUGAACUGGUGCGGAUCAAGUUUUGCCAAGUAAUCCCUGAAUUCUGGUAGUUUUUUUCUUGAGCCCUUUGACAAAGCACAGAGCCUGUGAGACUUUGUUAAUGAAGACUGAGGCAAGGAACACAUCAAGUAACUAAGCCUUCUCUAUCUGAUAUCCUUAAAUCACCCCGCUGUUCAGUAAUGGGCCUGUAAAUUCCUUCUUUUUAAUGUAGAAGGUGAUACAGCUCUUGUUGCCCUUGAUGUUCUUUGCAAGUCUAAAUAGAGCUGAGCCUUGGCUUUCCUGACACCAUGCCUGCUGCCCAGGCAGUGUUCCUGCAUUCCUCCAUUGCAGCCUGCCCCUGCUUCCACAUCUAGUAGAAGCAAUUUUCCCACCGCAGCCCUGCCAGGAGCUCCCUGCUUAGCCAAGCUCAUUUCCUGACUUGCCUGCCUGUUUUCCUGACUAUGGGGGUGGCCUGUGCUCAGGCUUGGUGAAAGGUCUCCCCAAAAGGCCUGAUGGCUCCCUUGAGCUCCACUGCUCUUCGGAACCGUCUCCCAUGAGAUCCUGCCUACCAUCUUCCUGGGUAAGUGGAAAUCUGCUCUCCACAGGGCCUGUGCUCUGAUGCUUCCUCACGCCUCUCAGGAUCUGGACUUGUUUCUCGAUUAUCACAGCCAAGGCAGCCACUCAUGCCCACAUCCCCAUGCAGCCCUCCCCUGUCAGUGAGCAGCAGGUACAGCUGCACACCAGCCCUCGGUGGUGCACGCGGAGGCCUGCGUGAAGAAGUUGUCCCUGAUGCUGCCCAGAAAUCCUCCUGACUGCUUGAAUUGCUGUGCUGCCUUUCCAGCAGAUGUCAGAAGUUUCUCCGUCUGUGCCGGAGUCUGUCAGUUAGAGGCUUCUUUGUGCUGUUUGAAGAAGCCUUUACUUCCCUCCUUACAGGUCUGGUGGCUGGUAGCAUGCUUCAACCAUGUCAUCGUCCCUGCUGGCCUUUCCUGUGAUCCUGAUGCACGAGCUCUCAGCCAGCCUGUCACCUGCUCUGUAUCAAAGCUCCGUACACUCAAGCUGCUCUGCCCAGAGAGGGCAGCUUCUCUUUUCCUCCCUCUGUGACCUCCCUGCAGAGCUUCUACACACCCACUGCAGUGCUUCCAUCACGCAGGCUGGCUCACCCAGUCUCAGUUAUUCCAGCAGUGUUGCGGUUAACUUGUGGAGAAUAAUUAAUUCUUCUUGCUUGCUUUCCAUGUUGCAUGUAUUUAUGUAUGUACCUUCAUGGCUCCUUCUGCCAAUUUGUUGGGGGUUUUUUUUCUGACAUCCAUUUUGUUCGUGUCACUUUGUACCCCUUUGGACCCCUAUCCACUGCUACAUAACUAGUAGUUGUUAACAGUGUGGGAAGGAUCACAGGUGACUUAUGCCCAUACCUUGCCCUGUGUUAGGAAUCCAAACCCUACAUAAAACUUGAGAUCUUUUCUUAUCAUUACACAUACUAUUUAAAUGUUUACUUCUACUUGCACAAUUUCUCCUGGUUUUGCAGCUGCAUUGCAGGAUUUGUUAGAGCUAGACCACCUUACCUCUGCUGUGUCUGUAAAUUUGGUCAUUAUUUAUUUUUUAAAAAAUAAGAUAUAAAAAAUUCUGCUGUAUUUUUUUUGUAAUAUAUACCUACAGUUUUUAUUUAACCUUAAAAGUCAGUAACUGAUCCCCAAAAUAAUCUUUAACCCAAAGUGAUUUAUUUUAUAUAUAGAUAUAUUUUUAAGUCACAGCUCCUGAGCCAAGUGUCCUUCUCCACUCACCUUCAACAGGUUUAUUGGGAUGAUGCUGUCUACUUCUUAGUAACUUUUACCAAAUUUCACACAAAGAUGUCCUUUGUUAUGUGUAUUGUGGUAAGUGAACCUGUACCUUGUUUUCCUGCUUGGACAAAGGCUUGCUUUCUGGUAUUAGUUUGAGAAAUAAUGGUCAAAAAAGAAUGAUUGUUUGGGUGAACUGGCUGAAAUUGCUCCCAGAAACAAUACCAAUUCAUCUAAUAUGCUGCAUUCAUCCUGUACAUUUUAAUACUAAAUACUAUGCAAAAGUCUCACAUAGGGUGUGACUGAAAAUUCCUUGGCACCUGAUAUCACCAACUUUGUUUCCAAAGCAAAAAGCGACAGCCUUCAAAAAUAGUAAACAGUUAUGACUGACUGACUACAGUUGCCAGAAUUCUUCAGCACAAGUCAUGAAAUUCUGGAGCUUUAUCAGAAGUAGAAAAACCCACUUAUGUGGCAGGCUGAUGUAAGACCAAGAACCACAGUCUCUCCAGUGCCUCACUGCCUGCUUUUACCCACUCGCUUUGCACAGUGUCUGCUGUGCAUGAUAAAUUUCUGCCCACUGGUUAGAAGUAUAGACCUUGCAGUUUUCAAACCAAGAGUGAAGCUCGGGGCUUUUUUUGUUGGUAUUGUUUCUUCGGGGUUUAUGAUUAGACGGUUAUUUUUUUCGUAUGAAUGUGAAGCCAGACAUUUGGGAGAAUAAAUAGGUCUAAUUUCCUGCCAGUUUUGGUGACAGCAUUUGCAGUGCCAUUCCCAUUGUCCCUCUCUCCAAAUGUCUCCUGUACAGUAACUAAAGAAGAAUAAAUAUUUUUUUCCAUGAAAAAA